CUCAUUGCCUACUAGCCCGACGACUUCAUCUACGACAACCUCUCGAAGAUGGUACAAGAAUGUCUACAGCCAGUAUUCGAGCAACACAAACUCUCGAAAUACGGCUUCCUGCUCAAACAAAUCACCCACCCCCUUGCCACGAGCAAGCAACAUUACUUCAAGACAGCCUGGGUGUUCGCAGACACACGAUCCCCCCUCUGGGCUGAAGUCAACGAUGUUUUCUUCAACCCGCACGCAAAGCCAAUUGACGAUGAUCGGGUUGGAGUUGCGUUGGGGUAUCCGGAAGUUAGUAGGAGCUUUGCUGGGGAGUCCAAGUUUUCUGCGGUGGAUCUUACUGAGAUGGGGGAGUUGGAGGUUGAGAUGGGACGGAGAGUCUGUUCUGUUAGGGCUUUUGAUUUCCGUUGUGGUUCUGAGCACUUCGGAAAUCUUGUUCCGUAUUUCGAGCGUUGUGCUGCGGCUGCGAAGGAGGUCGGGACGGUAUUGAGGAUGUGA